UUUGACGUCUUUCGCGAGUAAAAAAUCAACGAAAUCGUAGUUCUCACUAUUUUUCUAAGCGAAAGGCCCACGGCCGACCCUGACUACAAAGUCGCUGAAGAACUCUGAUCCUUUACAAGUGUUGCCCGUGUGGUGCAGCACUAGUAUAUCGGAGCAAGUAAAACACUGGGUGAGCACCCUCUGUUCCUCUCUGUUAAAGAUUAACUUGUUGCUGUUUUCAUUCUGUUUACAAACAAUCAAGAGUUGCGAGGCUAAUUGCAUCGCUAAUUGUGCGAAAAACAAAAGGAAAAAGAUGUCUGUAAAAACGAAGGAAGUAAAGAGAAUAUUAGUACCCAUAGAGGAGAAAAUAAAUAAAUUGGGAGAGCUCAUAAGGGACAGUUCAUUCUGUGCAAAUGACACAGCAUCGACAGAAUCUGUGUUUUUUGAACAAUUGAAAUGUUUAGGAAAAAAGUUUGAUGUUCUGUCAAAAGAGGAGAUUAAUGAUUAUGAAGAAAUGGAGUCAAAAAUUACCACCAUAGUAAAGGAAUUUUCUUCCUUAGAAUAUGUUAACGAGUCGAUCGAAAAUGUUGACAAACAAACAGCUGAACAAAUCUUAUCGAAUGUUCUUGAUAAGUUUAAAUUGACACUGGAAGCUCUAGAAAAAUUAGGAUGUUUGCCUCUGAAACAAAGAUUAAUGGAUUGCUUGGAAUAUGUUAGCGAAAUGGGUCAAGCAAAUGAGAUUGAACACUUUCAAAACAUCAGGGAGUUGGGCACUUCUAUUUUGGAAUUGCUGGGACCAUUACAAAUAUAUCGUAAGAACCUGGCGUCUCGAUCACUCGCCGAAAAAAUUAUUUUGUACUUGUGUCAAUUGUGCACAGCAUUCAAACUGUUAGUACAAUUAGUGCAAGAACAACAUCGGCUAAACGCACCAAUCUAUAAUUGCAAGAAAUAUAUUUGCGAAAGACUCUGUUUUUGCUUAAAGAUGCUAAUGGAAAUACUGGACAUACCAGAUCCAUUACCCGAGGAUGAAAUAUCCGAGAGAGAAAAUCACUUUGUUUACCGAAUGGACUUGGUACUGGAUAUUUUAUCGGAAAUGCCGAGUAAAUCGCAACAAGAUCAAAUAUCAGAAUGUCAAGAGUUAUGGUACCGAAUAGAAGACGUAUUUUCAUAUGCGAUGGCGAUCGCGCAAGUUUGCAAUCCAUGUAACUUUAAAGCGAUAACCGGAACUUGUCAGUCUAUUAUAUCAGAAUACGAGAAUUUAAAAUUUCAACUCACAUCCGAAUCAUCCGAUACGGCAUUAAAUAAUCUAUUCAUAAAUAGUUUAAGCGACGCACUUUAUCGACUAGAACGUAAAAUCAAUAUAUCAGUAUUGAAUCUCGUUAUGGAAGUCUUUAGCGAUCCUUUUAAUGCCUUGAAAAAACUCGUCACGAUCUGUGGUAAUUCGUUAAACGCCAAACAACGAUCCAAGAAUGAUUUGGCCGACGCCAUAGAAGAUUUUGAUCAAAUUAUAGACAAAUCGAUGCAGAUAGGAUUAUUUGCUAUUGCGUCUUGCAAGGAUAGAAAUCGGAUCAAUCAGAUCCGAAACAGUCUAGCAAGUCUUGAAUCAUUAGAAACUGAAUUAAUUUCCGCCAUUACUACGUUUUACUUGCACCCAGAGAGCAAAGAAAUGCGUGCAAAUGUAAAAUUACUGACCACGCAAUGGCAAAUGGAAGUUAAUAAAUUACAAGAUGCGAUAAAUUUGAUUAUGGAUUCAGCAGCAUAUUGUCAGGUAGUUUUGGACGAUCUUCAAGAGCGUGUCUCGAUAAUGUCUAAUUGUCUCGAUAAUAGAGAACCAGUCACUCAAACGCAAGUACAAACCGUCGUGCUUAGAUCUUUGUCACUAUCUCGACAAAUUAGUGCCACUAUAAGUGAUAUUGGAAGCGACACUAUAGAAAGACAAACGAUAAUGAUGGUUAGAGAAUUGAAAGCUGCAAUAUUUGAGGCUGAUACUGCAUCAAAAAACCUUUUAACGGAAAAUGCAACGGAACCACAGCAAUUACGUGUAAUAAAACGAUGCGAAUUAAUAUUGAAUGUGAUGAAACGGUUGCAUCCUGCUUUGGUUGCUAUUAUGAACAAUACAACGUUGAUGAAUACUAGUUAUGGAAAACACGGGAAAGGGCAGGGUGAUACUAUUCAUGAUGUAAGCAAUAGAUUGGCAUCGACGAUUGGCAAAUCAGCGGACAGUCAUCAACAGAAAUCCCUAACUUAUAUAAGAACACCUUAUACAGUGAGCACUUACAAGUCUCCAUUAUCUAUACAAACGGCAAACAACGUCUCUAGAACGCAAUUGAAUUUAUCGUGUCUGAUUCCAUACAUUAAAAAGGGACGCGAGAUGCGCACUGAACGUUCAAUCAUGUAUAAAACUCCUUGUAGAAAUGACUCUGUUGAUCAAUCUCUGAUCGACGGAACAUUUAAACUGAGAAAUUUGACUACCAUCAGACAACAUCUUUUCAGCAGAGACAGUAUUAGUUUGCAGGAUGAUACUUGUUUGACCGAAGAAAGUAUGAAUCUGACAGAUAUUUUAGAGAAAUUUGUAAGUUCCUGUACAACUUUGAGUACAACUGGAUCGAAAUCUCACUACAUAGAUGAGACACAGUGCGACACAACAGCCAAUAAAUCGGGUCAAAAAUCUGCUACAAAUCUAACAGAAUCGUUGGUAGAAUGUAUCGGUACCCGAUCUAGAAUAACUAGUAAAAUGAAUGAAUGUUCUGCAAUCGGCGGUGGAGAUGGUCCAUCGAUCGUGGACGAGUCAAAACCGUAUAGUGACACUCAAAGAUCAAAUAAUAAUACUGAAAUAACUCAGAAGCGAUUAUUUGGGGAUUAAAAAUUACAUUGAGAAAAACA